AUGUCGCAAUCUCCCAUGAUCUCCGUGCCUCUCAAGGCCACCAACGAGAUCGACUGGGUCGCGCCACUCAAGGCCUACAUCCGCGAUACCUAUGGCGACGACCCUGAGCGUUAUGCCGAGGAGUGUGCGACGCUCAACCGCCUGAGGCAGGAUAUGAGGGGGGCCGGCAAGGACAGUACUUCCGGAAGGGAUAUGCUCUAUCGAUACUAUGGCCAGCUUGAGCUCCUCGACUUGCGGUUUCCCGUGGAUGAGCAACAUAUCAAGAUCUCAUUUACAUGGUUCGAUGCCUUUACCCAUAAGUCCACUGCGCAAUACUCCCUCGCCUUCGAGAAAGCCUCCAUCAUCUUCAACAUCUCCGCCGUCCUUUCCUGCCAUGCCGCCUUUCAAGACCGUGCCGAGGAAUCAGCCCUCAAGACCGCCUACCAUUCAUUCCAGGCCUCGGCCGGCAUGUUCACCUACAUCAACGAAAACUUUCUUCAUGCGCCCUCGUCUGACCUGAGCAGAGAAACUGUCAAGGCCCUCAUCCAUAUUAUGCUUGCGCAAGCUCAGGAAGUCUUUCUCGAGAAGCAGAUUGCCGACAAGAAGAAGAUUGGCUUGCUCGCAAAGCUGGCCUCGCAAGCCGGUUAUCUCUACGGGCAAGCGCUCGAAGGCGUCCAGGAGAACGUUAACAAGGCAAUUUUCGAGAAAGUUUGGGUUAUGUUUGUUCAGAUCAAAACCAACCUUAUGAACUCGAUGGCCCAGUACUACCAAGCUCUUGCGGACGAUGAUGCCAACCAGCAUGGCACCGCGGUCGGCCGCCUGCAGGUCGCCGAGGUCCAGGCGAAGGAAGCUGACCGAGUUGCGAGGAACUUCCCGAGCUCGGUUCCCCCGAGCUCUAACCUUAAUGCUGAAUGUGGUGGGCUGCUUCAAGAAUUGGCCAAGCGACAUUACACCACGGUUCAACGCAAGUUGGAGGAAUUGGUGAAGGAUAAUGACUAUAUUUAUCACCAAACAGUACCUGCAGAGGCUACCCUGGAGCCUGUUUCCAAGCUACCUGCUGCGAAGCCAAUCCCCGUUAGCGAGUUAUACGCUGGGCAAGAUAUCCAACGCAUCACUGGCCCCGAUCUCUUUGCCAAGAUUGUUCCGUUCUCGGUAACCGAGUCGGCAAGCUUGUAUGACGAAGAGAAGGCAAAACUAGUUAGAGCCGAGACGGAGAGAGUCGACACUGCCAACGGCGAGAUGGCAGCGAGCUUGGAUUACCUCAGGCUACCUGGGGCACUGCAGGUGUUGAAGGGCGGCUUUGACCAGGAUAUCCUCCCCGACGAGGACUUUCGACAAUGGUGUGAUGACGUUUCCGACCACGAGAACCCGGUGUCCAUCUUUGACUUCCUAAGGACUGAGAAAGAAUCGAUUCUCUCUAUCCUGGAAAAAGGCACCAAGUCACUGGACAUGGAAGAAGGGGUAUGCGAGAAGAUGCGAUCCAAGUAUGAGGGCGAAUGGACGCAACAACCUAGCUCGAGAUUGACGACGACUCUGCGAGGCGAUAUCCGAAACUAUCGAGAUGCGCUGGACGAAGCGUCGAGAAGCGAUAACCAGCUUGCGACCAAGCUCCGCCAAAAUGAGCGUGACUUUGAUGAGAUGAGGCGAGCCGCUCAAACGGGUGGGGUUGACCAACUGUUCCAGAGAUCUGUAGGUCAAGCACGGGAACGGGGCAGCAACACCGCUAGCCCCGCGGGUGGCGAGACCAACCUCCUGGAUACCGACUUUGAGGAAGGACCAAGUGUCGUGGACCAGAUCAACAAGGUAGAGGAUAUUUUGAAGAAGCUCAACCUUAUUAAGCGAGAGCGGAAUCAAGUGCUGAAGGACUUGAAAGAAAAGGCCCACAACGAUGAUAUCUCUCAAAUCUUGAUUCUCAACAAGAAGUCGAUAUCAAACUAUGAGACGCAGUUGUUCGAGCAAGAGCUGGAAAAGUUCCGACCUCACCAGAACCGACUCUUGCAGGCCAAUCACAAGCAGUCCAGCCUGAUGAAGGAGCUGACGUCGUCGUUCAACAAGCUCCUGCAAGACAAGAGGGUUCAGUCGGAGCAGAGCAAGUACGAAAACAUUCAGAGACACCGAUCGACUGUUAUCAACAAGUAUAAGCGAGCUUACCAAGAGUUUCUUGAUCUGGAAGCUGGACUGCAGAGCGCCAAGAACUGGUACGCAGAGAUGCGGGAGACGGUGGAGAGCUUGGAAAAGAAUGUCGAGACAUUUGUCAACAACCGCAGGUCGGAGGGGGCGCAACUCCUGGGCCAGAUUGAACAGGAGCGUUCGUCCAGCAAGAACUCACACGCCGAGAUGGAACGAGAGCGGCUACGGGGGCUGAUGGAAAGGAUGUCGAUGGAUCCGGCCAAGUCAUCACCACAACCCUCAUCAAACCGGCCGACGCCAACUCCGAUUUUCCAGUCGGGACAAGCGCCUCGAUACCCGCAGACCAACUUCCAAGGACAAUACCAGGUCCCCAACUCUCCUCCCGCCAACCAACAGACGAUCCCGCAGCAACAGACCUACCAAGGUUUCCCUGGCCAGCAGACAACGCAGUCGUUUAGCCCGCCGCCUGGCGCAGCCUUUGCACAACCCGCUUACAACCCUAGCCAAUAUGGGCGGACGCCAGGGCCGACGUCUCCGCCUCCCAACCAGACGUCCUUUGGCAUGAACGCGAUGCGAGGUCCCGCGUCGCCACCGCCGAACCAGACGACGUUUGGACAGCAGCGCCAAUCGUUUAGCUCGUUCGGAGGCCCUCAGGCGCAGCAUACCCAAGGAGGUUAUGUGCCCCCCGGGUUUGUACCACCUCCUCCACCUCCUGGGCCGCCUCCGUUAGGGCCGCAACAGACAAUCCACUACGGCAACCAGGAGUAUGACCCAAACACCGGUCACCUGCAGAGUGCGCAGCAGCAACAACAGCCUCACGAUCCUUGGGCUGGACUAAAUGCGUGGAAAUAA